UGACAAAUAUUUAAGGAUUAAGCUGAGCAUCUAAUGCCAUGCCAGGUGUUAUCACAAAUAAUACUCACUGGGCGAUGCAACCCAGCUGUUGUUACCUGUUUGGCCUCUGACCUUACCAAGCUGGCAACCGGAAGCAACGAGGGACGAGUGGCUUCGGUGCUAUUCUUUUAGUUUCUGUUAGCCGAAGACAUGUUGUAAACUCAUUAUUUUUCUGUCAUUUGCGAACCUUAACCUUCUUGGAUUUCACCUUUUGGUGGUUUUAACAGUAACAUGGCUGGGCUAGGUGAUGAAGAACUAAGAAAACAACUGAAGGAUCUCGGGUACCAACCUGGCCCCAUUGAUGAUCAGACCAGACGACUGUACCGACAUAAGCUGCAGAGACUGAAACACGAUAGCAGACUAAAGCCCAAAAGGCCACAGCUGCCUACAUCUUGGCAAGCACCCGAUUUUGGAUCAGGACGAAGUAACUGGCAAGAACCCGAGCCGGAGCAGAGGACGACUGAUGUUAGCUUCCCUCGUUACUAUUCCAGCCCUUACUCUGCAGCAGGAAAGGCCAGAGAUUCCGAUGAAGAUAUGCCGGAGGAAGAAGAUGACAAGGAGUAUCAGAGUGCACAAAACCAGAAGAAAGUGUCUGCAGCGAAGGUGAUAAAAAGGCCACCCUUAAGAAGCAACAAAUCCCUGGAACAUUAUUUGUCUUGGGCAUUGUACAUUGCCACUAUUGUACUACUGGUGGUCUUUUUAGCUCUAGUGUGUUUCAAAACUAUGCGUUUGGCACGACUUAAGGAUUCAGAUCGAAACAUUCAGCAGUUACCAGUGGACUGCAGGGGGAGGACAGAUUCGUACUGCAAAGCUGAGGAGAAGAAAAUUUUAAUGCAGCUUCUGUACGAACUGUACAAUUUUCUAGCAAACAUAGCUGGUGAUGUUAACUGUGGAAAUCCUGGAGCCCCUGAGACUAGUUGCAUUCCAGUUAAUGAUGUUACACAUUACUUAGCUACACUGAAUGAUCGCUACCCUGAGCGUUUUAAGGCUGCUCUUCAGUGGAUUAUGGAUAGUGAGAAGGACCUUGGAAUCCGGUUGAUGAACAAACACCUCACUGAAGUUACUACUGACGUUGAGUUGGUGAAAUGCCUAGAAUCUACCAGCCCACGGAUGGGUCUUGGCUGUCGAAUUCGACAGACAGUCUACAGUGUGCUGAAAAGCAUGUUUGCCUUUGUACUUGUUCUUGGAGCUCUGUGGGGAGCUCUGAUUCUGUUGAAGUACCGGUGGAGAAAGCUAGAGGAAGAGAAGCAAGCCAUGUAUGACAUGGUGAAGAAGAUCAUUGAUAUGGUACGAGAUCAUUAUAAGGACUGGGAGAAAAAUAUGGAGCCAUUUCCAUACGUGCCUAUUCCUCAUGUUAGAGAUACGCUCAUUCACCCACAGAACAGGAGGAAAAUGAAGAAGAUAUGGGAUAGAGCUGUGGAUUUCUUGGCAUCAAAUGAGUCACGGAUCCGUACAGAGUCUAAACAAAUAGAAGGAGAGGAUUUCCUGGUGUGGAGAUGGACCCAGGCUGCUUCCAUCCCUUCUGAUUUACGGUUCUAAAAAUGAAGCCCUGUAGAAAGCAGACAGCCUGCUUUGUCUUCUGCAGUAGUGACUUUGUGGGGAAGGAGCAUGGACCAAGGCCUAGAAUGUUUCUCAUUCACGAUGCCUACACCUUAAGACUGCAGAGCAGUUUCAGGUCAUCACAAGACUCCAGAAUAACAUUUUAAUUUUGGACAAAGUAAAGAAUAAGUGAAAAAUCUGUUUGGUAAUGUUAAAAAAAAAUUGAUAGCGAGUCACAGAAGAGCAAAUAGCAACAAUGUUGUGUUGGAUUUAUUUACUUAUUGGAAGAGUCGCAAAAGAACAAAUAGCAAAAAUGGUGUUUUGGAACUGAUCUAUUCAUUUAAGGCCUAUUUUUUAGCAGUAAGUAUAUGCUACUUGGAACGCCAAUCUGAGAGCUGUCUUUGGCAGAUGCAUUGUCAGUGUAAAUAUUGUUGCCACUUUUGUCAAUCAGUAUGCAGUUGGAAAAACUGUACGACCAAGUGCUGCAGUGACAGCACUUUGUGAUGGUUUGCAUUCCCUCCAUUGUUUUACUGGAAAGCAUAGUGGGUCCAAGUGUGGGCUUAAAGUAAAACAAACUGUGGCUAACCACAGUGACAAGUUUCUGUGUCAAAACACUGUUAGUUUGCACAUAGACUUUACAUGCCCUGCACAAAUGUUGAUGUAGACAACUGAUUAGGUAGGAUGCUUCACUUAGGAGGAGAGAUGAAGGCUGUCCAUCAUCAUUCCCAUCCUAACCAACCAUGUAGCAGCUUCAAGGAGCAGCUUAGCAACCCACAUGCUUUCUGACAGUGUCAUGGAAGGGUGUUAGAGGAUGAGAGGUGGACAUUCUCUGUGAAGGUACUUGGGUGGUGGUAAUUUCCUGUAGUUUUGGCACUAAUGGAUACAUUUCUUACUGGUUUGUGUUCAUUUUAUGUCUUUCACACUACAGUUGAAUAGAUUUUAAAACUUGGUUAAUGCUGUUUUAACAGUCACAUUGUUAUGAAGGUGUUGUGGGUUUUGUAUGUGCCGGUCAUGCUGUUGUAUUAAUCUAGCUGUUCUUCCUGUUUUUUGCUGAUGGCCAUGCCAGUGUUUUAUAGCUGUGAGGGACACUUCUUACGCUGAUAAACUCCUGAUUAUUCUGUUAGAGGUGAGCAGAUGUUAGUGACAUGGCAAGCAGGAAAAAGAAACAAAUCACUAGUGCCACUUCACAGGCAUAGUGCAUCACCCCUUUAUAUCAGGUUCAGUCCCCUUACCUGCAGGACUUGACAGUAUGGAAAUGGGAAGUAUGCCUGUUAAUGCAUGCUAUUGUAUAUCACUCUGUGCUUUCCCUUCUCCAGUCAUACAUGGGUCACCCACGAAGUAGUGGACACUUCCCUUUCUCCUUUUCAUAUGUAAAACAUUCUGUAGGUUGCACUGUCCAUUACCCACUGCCAGCUUGCACUAGCUUAUUCUCUGACUGGGUCCAACUUUUAAGCAUCAUUGCACUUAUAAACCUGUCAUUUUUAUGACUGCUGCAAAUAGUAUAGAUGUCUUUGAUCUGUCUGUGCCAGCUUGCCUUUAUUCUUUACUCUUUUCAGUAUGUGUCCUGAACUUUAGUAGCUUGCACUGUUCGUAUGUAUGUGAAGUCACUCUGCACUGCAUUUUUCCCAAAUUAUGAAAAUUCCCUUGGUGAUGUUAUCAUGUAUAAGAGUACAUUCCUUAAAAUAUCAAAAUUACUCUUCCCUAAAACUUUACCUUUCCACUUUCUGUUAUAUUACCUUUGCUGCAAUAUAUCCACGUUGCUAAAAUUAUUUUGUUUUGUACUCCUGGAUUCAGACUGGUCCCUACUUUUCUUGUAGCUACUGAUUAGCUCAUUACUGCAGUGUGAGCUUACUGUGCAUGUGUUUUUUCUUUGCUUUCCUUUUGUUACUACUGAUUGGCUCUAGCAAGAAGGUGGUUCUAGCAAGCGACAUGACAGUGUGUGCGCCUGUGUGCAUGUAAUUUUCUCAGCAUUUCUUGACAGAGAUGUUAGAGUGGUUCUGUGGCAGUGAUGUCUGUGGUGGCAGGAGAGUAAGACAUGGUACUAGGACUGAGGUUGCAGCUGCAGUGUCUGCUCAGUGGCCUAAAAGUGCUGCUGUAUUUGUGCCACAUUCACGGGUUUAUUGGUGGAAGGAACUCUGAGUGAGACUGUUGUCAUAGGGUAAGCUGCAGCAUUCAUUCUGUAGCUAUCUGGUGCAAAAGUUGUGGACCUUGGCUGGACUGCUACAGAGGCUCUAUGUGGUGUUUUGAGGGGAUAAGGAUGAAGAACUUUCAGCUGUCACAUGUAAAUGUGGAGGCAGAGAUAGUGCUGUCUGUUGUCUGUGAGGUGUUUGGCCACAGAGGAGGGCAUUUACCCUACACUGAUCACUGGUUAGUAGAAUGGAGACUGCAGUCAUCCAUGCAUAGUGGUGAGUUGUGGUUUGGGGAGGGGGGGUUAUUGUAAUACAGGAAAGAAUUAUGAAUUGCAUUUAAUAGUUGAGCCAAGAUUGAUAUUUGGGUGAGGGGCAUACCAUAAGAUACAUACUAUGCUAAGCUUCUAAGGAAGGUCAGUUGACAGCUGUCCUACAGAAGUGAUGAGAUGCUGUGAAAUAUAUUAUUUACUGUCUAAUUAUAGUCCUGUUUUCUCGUCUUCCCUUAAAGCAGGGUUCGCAGGAGAUGCUUGAGCUGGCAUUGUGCCACACUGUGCCAUUGCUGAUAUUCUCCAACCAGGGAACUUAAACACCACUGUUAUGAUUUACUUCACAGAGCAUGCUCCAGCUGCAGCACUGCUGCCAACACGUAAUGGUCAGAAAAAGUGGCUGCACACAGUGAUGUUCCCAAUGUCCUGAUUAAUGCAAUCCCACAGUGAAGUGUCCUGUAAUGAGUGAGUGUGUGAGAAGACUGCAGUGUUGUAGGUUCACAUCUCCCAUGUUUAUGUACACAAGUAUUGGUUGCUUGUUGUUGUCAUAAGUCUUCUGUUAAUCUUAGAAAAGUAUGAAGGUAUUUCUUUAUUGCAGCAGUAGUCAAAUGCUGUAAGGGGGUGGUUUGGAUGGUCCAAGCGGUCAUCAUACAUGGUUAUAUAUUGUAAAGAAAAUCAGCUAUAAAGGGACUGACAGCCAGGAACUGUUGCUGCUGAUGAAGUCUUCAGUUCUGCCAGUGAGAAAUCGCGUAUCUAAUGACUCCCUGUUGAAAUGCUGGCACUCGUUAUGCCAACACAUCA